AUGAUGCCGUGGCGUACUCUCAGUGCCGUGAUGCAAGCCCUGUGGGUGGGAAUCGUCUUGGCGGAGCCGAGUUGCGAGAACGCUGAGGCGGUGAAAGGAAGCGCCUUGUUGCAGCGGGCCCUGCAGAACCAUGGCGCGGAGGCUGAUUUGGCAGUGGCGGAGGCGUCGUCUGGGAACCGUUCCCGAGGAUGUGGAAUGGGCUUCUCCGGCACCUGUUUGACAAAUACCGAUUGGGCAUACCAGAUGGCCAAUUAUGUCCCAGGUGAUGGCGCCGGGUUCUUCAACACCUUCGUCAAAGUCUGGAUGGAUGUAACUCCUUUGAACGGCUUCAUUUUUUGCAUCGGGGAUCGUCCCGGCUCUUGGAUUGUGGGAAAUGAGUACGGCACGAGCUCACAGCUGUACGACUCCUACCAGGGUCUCACAUACCUCCGCAACUUCUUCAUCUCUCCCACCGACAUGGAGGACUGGGGCACUCUGGGCUAUUACACCACCCUGUUCUGCCCAUCAGGCACCGCUGCCGACCUGUACACCGAGCUCAAAGUCGCCUUCGCCUUCAACAAGUGUGGCACGGCCAAGGUGAACUUCCUGCUGUCUAUCAGCCCCGACACCUUCGAGUGCUUCGCUGACAAGCUGGUGCCCGUUCUGAGCCGGGUGGUUGGGAUGGUGCCCGAGUUCACCUUCGGCAUCUCCGUGGACAGGAAGAUGUCCAAGACCGUCACCUUGGCCCACGGGGACGGGGACGACAUCGAAGUGGCGGACGUCACCAUGGGCGCCCAUCUGGGCCUCAGUGUCCUGGUGCGUCUCUCCGUGGGCCAGAUCUUGGGCGCUGACGACACGCUCGGCGAUGUUCUGGCAGGCGACCUCCAGAUGCAGGCGGUUCUGUCCUACGACGGGGACCUCAGGACUCCUCUCACGGCGAUCGCCUCCGCUGACGUGGUCAGCAUCCUCCCCGACCUCCUCGCUGGGGUCGUGUCUGCCCAACAAGUUGGUCCGACACUGGCUGCCAUUGCGCUGAGACAGGCAGGGGCGAACUCUAACGUGGUGGACCUCGUGGAGCAGAUUCAGAGGGCCACGCUGAUGUUUGUCGUCACCGGCUACGUGACGCUGGCGCUUGCAGGACCUACAACAGGCAUCUUGCCGGACCUUUCCUUCCAGCUGUUCACCGCUGCAAUGAUGCUGCGCAUGGGGCCGCCGACCAGCAGUGAUCUCAGCAAGGCAACCGGCCAUCUUCCCGGGCUCUACUUCUACUUCUCCGCGGAUAUGGGCGCCUUUGUGGAGUCCAUUGUGAAGGGUGUUGUGGGUCAGAUUGGUGGGCUGCUGGACGUCGUGGGCGUCAACGUCGACAGUGGCGUCUCGCUGUCUGCCAGCUCGGGCAUCGGCUUCUUCCUUAACACCGCGGGCGUGGGCUUCGACGCAGAGGUGAAGAUCGGAGGAUCAGCUACGUCCAUCAAGUGCGUCUUCAAGUUCAACAACCGGAAGCUCAGGUGCAAAGCACGACUUGGCUGGGCCGAGCUUUUCCUCCAGAAUGGCAAGUAUGUCCUCAACAAGAUCAACAACUUCGCUGGGGAUGGCGUGCAGGAAGUGGCCGAGUUCUAUUCCGACAAAGUGGGCGGUCCUGGAAGCAAGUUCAGCAAGCAAGUGGUCAACAACGGCAAAAAGGUUGUGAACAAGGUGAAGUGCAAGCUGAGCAACCUGCUGGGAGGCAAGUGUGGCAAAUCGGGAGGAAACCCAAGCCAAUGCGGCGACGGAACCGAGUACGUCAUCAAAAAUGAGCAGGACAAGUGCCUGCAGGCAUCGUGGGAUUGCUACGCGCCGGACAGCCAGGGCAAGGUGUACUACUACCAAAAGAACUGCUUGCCCGUCUUUCGAGACUGCACGCACAUGUCCAGCAGCUACGCUGAGCAGAUGAAGCAGUACUGGUGGUACACGACCGACCGGAAGCUCUGCAACGAGUACAUGCACAACAUGUACUUUGCCGACAUUAGCAACCCGGACGACAACCCCAAAUGCCUGCGAUUGCACGAUCAGCAGAUGUACUUUGCCAAGCCCGGGCAGUCGACGGCCUCCAUCGGAAUCUCGAAGACUUCUACGGAGAGGUUCAAAAUCUACAUCCGGGACGUCACCGGGCCCUACGGACAGGUUUGCUUGCAGAGCUCCAGUGGCGGCGCGACGCUCGACCAAGGCCGACGCCGACAGCCCCAGAAAGUCUUCGUCCGUGGCUACGAUGGCGGACGGAGGCGGCGACGCUGUUCGAAGGAUGGCGGCAAGAAGUGGCGGAUCUACCAGAAGCUCGAGCCCGGCAAUGGAGGAAACUACGACAAGGAGAACGGGGACGCUCAGUUCAACAACGGAUGCCGCUGA